UUUUACCCCCCUUGUCCCCCUUUCAAUCUAGGUGCCACUUUUGGUUCUCACAGAUGUGUGGCCUUGUGCAUUCCAACCCUGAUAACAUGUCUUCUUCCUGGCCUUCAAUCUUCCUCAGGUUCUGUCUGCUUUCACUCCCCCCCCCCACCAGUGAGAAUGGCAGAAUCAAAGCAAGCUAAGAAAGCAUUCCCUAAAAUCAAUGUAUACCAUGGCAUUUACUAUACUAAUAAAACAGUCCUCUAGUUGACAUAUAUCUUGAUUGCUGCAGAUUCUGACACCAGACAGGUUAGGUGAGAUUUUACUGCUCCCCUGAGUAUUUCUACAGAAGCAUUUUGGACCAGGGAAGGGCUCUUCAAGGUGGCUGCAUUGCUAAACUCUAAACUGGAUGUUCUAAUUCCAUCUUUGUGCACUUGUCAACACUUGCCAACCAUAGUGAGUCUUUAGAAAGGCAAAUAUAAAACCUGGUACUGAUAGUUCUCAGGUUAUGAUGGCAAUUCAGACUGGAAUUUCUACUGCUGAGCGAUGCGGUUGUAAAGCACGUCGUCAUGUGACCUCUUUGCUUAGCGAUGGCAGUCCCAGCAGUCCCAGUUGCCAUUGUAACCCAGAGAUUAAGCAGGUCAUUAAGAGAGGACCUCACGUGACCAGUCCGAGGCAAGCAGACCGGCGGGCAAGCUGCGGAUGGAUGGGUGAGUGCUGUGGGCGGACACUACUUGACGCGGGCACGGGCCACAGGUGGACACUACUGAGUACAGGCAGGCCAAGGGGAUCAUAGGCAGGUGCUACAGAGCACAGUUGUGCUGGUCAUUGCCAUGGGCAGGUGCUACAAAGCAUGGGCAGGCCAGUGGGAUCUGCUACAAAGCACAGGCCUGCAGGGGGUUUCUAUAGAGUCCGUAGCAGAGCUUCUCAAGAGAAGAAGCGGUGGGAGCCACUUGUGAUCUUCCCUGUCAUUUUCCCUGUUGACUUUGCUUAUGGAAAGCAGGCAGGGAAGGUUGCAAAUGGCAAGCACGUGACUGCAGCUCUCUGUGAUGUUGUAAUCAUGAGCCAGAUGCCCAAGUGCCCAGAUCAUGUUCAUGUGACCACAGGAACACUGCGAUGGCCAGAACUCCGAGGACUGAUCAUAAGUCCCCCUCGUUCAGCACCAUUGUAACUUUGAAAGGUCACUGAGUGAGUGGUUGUAGCCCAAGGGCUCCGUGUCCUUUGAGGAGGUGGCUGUGUAUUUCACAGAGGAGGAGUGGACAUUGCUGGAUCCCAGCCAGAGAGCCUUACAUGGGGAAGUCAUGCUGGAGAAUUCUAGGAAUGUGACCACUCUGGGUUAUGAGCAGGAGCAUGAGAAUUACAAGGAGCCCAGGAUACUGGUAUUACAAAUUCACCAACGAGAAGAAAAGGAAAAAUAUCUCGGAUGUGGCAAAACAGGCAAAGAGACAUCUGAUUUCACUAAACAUUGUACAACCCAGACUAAAAAGGAACAAUAUGAACAUCAAGAACAUGGGCAAAGUAUCAGUCAUACCUCCUCUCUUGCUUUUCAUCAAAAUUUAUAUAUGAAACAGAAACCAUGUACAUUUCUAAACUCUGGGAAGAAUUUCAGUUUGAGCAGUCAUCUUAUUUCUAAUAAAGAAGAGAAAAUGUAUGAGUGUGGAAAGAGUUUCAAUAAGAAACAGUUGCUUAUUUUACCCCCAAAGAUUCCCCCAAGGGAGAAACCCUAUAAAUGUCUUCAGUGUGGAAAGAGCUUCACUCAGAGAGGUAACCUUAUCAUACAUGAAAGGAUCCACACAGGGGAGAAACCAUAUAUAUGCCUGGUGUGUGGAAGAAGAUUCACUAGGAGUGGUCACCUUACAAGACAUAAAAGGAUUCACACAGGGGAGAAACCCUAUAAGUGUACUGAAUGUGGAAAGACCUUUAGUCUGAGAGAUAGUGUUAUGAGACAUAAACGCUUACAUGCAAGAGAGAAAUCCUAUAAAAGCAUGGAAUGUGGAAAAAGUGUCACUCACAGCAGUCAACUUGCUUGCCAUAAAAGGAUUCAUACAGGGGAGAAACCAUAUAAAUGUCUGGAGUGUGGAAAAAGUUUCAAUAAAAGCAGUUGCCUCACAUAUCAUAAAAGAGUGCACACAGGAGAGAAACCAUAUAAAUGCACAGAAUGUGAAAAGAGCUUUAGUCAGAAUAGUCACCUUACAAAACAUAAACGAAUCCACACAGGAGAAAAACCAUAUAACUGCCUGGAGUGUGGAAAGAGCUUCACUUACAGCAGCCAACUUAUUUACCAUAAAAGGAUUCAUACAGGGGAGAAACCAUACAAAUGUCUGGAGUGUGGAAAAAGUUUCAGUGCAAGCUCGCAUCUUACAUAUCAUAAAAGAGUGCACACAGGAGAGAAACCAUAUAAAUGCACAGAGUGCGGAAAGAACUUCAGUCAGAACAGUAAUCUUAUGAAACAUAAAAGAAUCCACGCAGGAGAGAAACUCUAAUUUUCAUAACUCUUAUUAUAAAAGACCCAUGUGGGAAAAACAAGAGAAAUAUGGACUGUAGGAAGAUGUACAGUCAGAAGUGUAUCCUUAUGAAAUGUAAAGGAAUCUAUCUAGGAGAAUCAUAAAAAUGCCUGGUGUAUGGAAUUCUUUCAAAAGAAGCACUUCCCUAAGUUCAUAAAUGGAUCUGGAGUGCCUGGAUUAUGCAGAAAGUUCAAAUUCCCACACUGCCCUUACUCAUGAAAAAAAACACAAGAGAAAAUUGUCAUAAAUACAGGUUGUCCUCGACUUACAACCACAAUUGGACUUCUGUUGCUAAGCGAUGUGGUCAUUAAGUGAGUUGCAGCCUGUCUUACUACUUUUUGCCACAAUCACUAAGCGAAUCACCAUGGUUGUUAAGUGAAUCAUGCAGUCAUUAAGUGAAUCCAGCUUCCCCCAUUGACUUUACUUGU